ACUGUUGUGGAUGGCUGCAUUCAGAGCAAAACCAUAUGGCCACAGUUUGCCACUGGAUAUUUUUCCCAUCCUCGAAACAGGUAGUUUCUUAUCCAGGGUCCUUUUUUAUUUGUUUUUGACUCAUUUUGGUCAAACUCUCUGUUGGAACAGGAAUUAUUCUUUUGGAAUGAGUGAGGUAAUGAAGCACUUUGAGAGACUUCCUGGCUCACUGCUUUUUUUGAUGACCCUGGUUCCUCUCAGUCUGGGCACCAGAUUCACCUUGCUGAUCUCCAUGCCUAACACCUCCAGUUCUUUCAGUAUUGGUCGGAUUGGGGCUGGAGCUCUUAUCGCCAUCAAUUCUGUAAACAGACGUCCGGACCUUCUGCAAGGUCAUCAUCUGGAUUACCAUUAUGUGGACGAUGAAUGCAAUGAUCUACGUGGCCCGGGGAAAAUUGCGGCGCUUUACCAUAGACACAAUUACAGUGCUUUCAUCGGACCAUCUUGCUCAAAUGUCUGUGCAGUGACUGCUAAACUAGCAGCUUAUUGGAACAUUGCUGUCAUCAGUCCCGUAUGUGCAGAUCAACAGUUUCUAGAUAAGAAGGCCUAUCCGACUUUAACAAGAGUGUUUGGAUCUUUCACUAAACUAGGAGCUUUUUUUGUGGAAAUCUGUAAGCAGUUUGGCUGGCGGCAGAUCGGCAUCAUCUAUGACAAUAAAACGACCUGGGCUAUUCCCGCCGAGGGGAUCAGGUAUCAAGCAGAGCACAAUAACAUCACAGUGGCCAAGUAUCAACAAAUCCAUGGCUCUGUCUCCCAAGGGUCCUUGUCAACCUGGCCCUGGGCCUUAACUGAGGUGUCUCGAGUCUCUCGCAUUAUUGUGAUAUCAGCACAUGGCAAGGUGGUCCGCAGUUUGCUAAUUGAAGCUCACAAGAAAGGCCUCACCAAUGGAGAUUUCGUUUUCUUUUGUUUCGAGCCCUACAAGCAAAAGGUGUUAUUUGGCAGUUUCGACUGGAACCAAGGUGAUGGAUAUGACUCAGUGGCCAGGCAAGCUUAUCAGGCUCUUUUUUUCCUGUCUCUGUAUAAACCCAGUGAUAAACGAUAUCAGGCCUUCUCAGAGAAUGUCACCAGAAGAUCCCAAAUAGACUUUGGCUAUACAUAUGCUCCUAAUGAAAAGGUUUCAGUCCUAGCAGCCAUAGCACAUGAUAGUGUCUGGCUGUAUGCCCAGGCAUUAAACGAAACUUUGGCAGAAAAUGGAAACCCAUAUGAUGGCUUAUCCAUCACUAAACGAAUGUGGAACAGGACCAUCACAGGUAUCCAGGGAGAUGUAACUAUUGAUGCAAGUGGAGACCGUGAGUUAAAUUACAUGAUGAAACAAUUCCAAAGCAGUAAUAACCAGUGUCAGGUCACUGCAAACUAUUUUGGGACUUAUAAGGCAGUACAAGGGGUUCACAUUAAGUGGCCUGGAGGACGGACAACUCCCCCAAAAGACGCUCCAGACUGUGGCUUUCAUGGAGAACUCUGCAACAAUCUAGAGGGAAAAUUCUUGUUUGUUUUGGGGAUCAUUGCUGGCUUGGUGGCUGCAGGGACCCUUGCAAUCUGUGCUUUAUACAGGAAGUUCAAACUCCAGGAAGAAGCUUCCAAGAUGCUGUGGACAGUCAAUGCUGAAGAUGUCGUAAUGAUGGAGCAUCACUCCUCAACUAUGCCAGCAAAGUCCUACAGAUCCAAACCCAUUCAGGCUUCUUUGGAGUCUAUAAUUUGCAGCAUGCAAGACAAGCCAUCAGCACACAGAACCGCAGUCUACAAAGGGACAAUUUGUUCUGUUUGCUUUCUGAAUUUAAGAAGCACUCAUCUGAGCAACGAACUGCUGGCGGAACUCAAACAGUGCAGAGAUUUGACCCACUAUAACCUUUGUAAAUUUAUUGGAGCAGUCUUGGAGACCCCUCGGCCCUUCAUUCUUACAGAGUACUGCCCUAAAGGAAGCCUGCAGGACAUUUUGAAGAAUGAGUCUAUCAAGUUGGACUGGACUUUCAAGUAUUCCCUCAUGCUGGACAUUGUAAAGGGCAUGGAUUAUUUGCACCACAGUCCCCUGCAAUGUCAUGGUCACCUCUCAUCGGCAAGCUGUGUGGUGGACAGCCGCUUUGUCCUGAAGGUCACUGAUUUUGGACUUAACGCACUCAGGCGUUCAGACUCAGAGCAGAUCCCUGGAUUUGACCCCUGGACUGCUCUACUAUGGAGGGCACCAGAGCUGCUGAGGCAGUCCAUUUCAGCUAAUGGUACUCAAAAAGGGGACAUCUACAGUUUUGCCAUUAUCGCUCAAGAGGUAGUAUAUCGUAGAGGGCCUUUCUACAUCCCCAAUUGUCACUUCAGUGCUAGAGAGAUUGUGGAGAGGGUCAGGGCGGCAGGCUGUAGCCCACUGAGGCCUCACAUCGACUCAGCGGAGGGUGUUGAGGAACUGGAGGGAAUCAUAGUCAGCUGCUGGAAGGAGAAACCCACAGACAGACCAGACUUCAGUUCUCUCAGGAAUGCCAUCAAAAAACUUUUUCCUAAUGGGGGGUCUGAGAACAUUCUGGAUAACCUGCUGUCCCGUAUGGAGCAGUAUGCGUGUAAUCUUGAGGAAAUAGUCAGUGAACGUACCGCUGAACUCCAGGAGGAGAAGAAGCGAGCAGAGGGUUUGCUCACGCAGAUGUUGCCACGAUGUGUAGCUGCUCAGCUCAUUGCGGGAAAGACAGUGAGAGCAGAGACCUACGACUGCGUCACCAUCUAUUUCAGUGACAUUGAAGGCUUCACAGCCAUGUCAGCAUCUCUCACGCCAAUGCAGGUUGUAAACGUGCUGAAUGACCUGUACACAUACUUUGACAAUAUCAUUGACAACCACAAUGUUUAUAAGGUAGAAACCAUCGGUGACGCCUACAUGGUUGUUUCGGGCCUGCCUAUAAGAAAUGGAGACGACCAUGCAAAAGAAAUAGCAAGAAUGUCAUUAGCUAUAGUGCAGGGCAUGAGGAGCUUCUGCAGUCCACACGUACCAGAGCAGCAGCUGCGAGUCCGCAUUGGAGUUCAUUCAGGGCCUUGUGUCACAGGAAUUGUGGGUCUGAAAAUGCCACGCUACUGUUUAUUUGGAGACACUGUGAAUACUGCCUCCAGGAUGGAGACAUAUGGAUUACCACUGAGGAUCCAUGUGAGCAGUUCCACCAAGUCUCUUCUUGACACUUUCAGGACUUUCCGCUGUGAACUCCGAGGAGACAUCCACAUAAAGGGAAAGGGCUGGGUGAGGACAUACUGGCUUUUGGGAGAGGACUACUAAACCAGAUGUCUCAUUUUUUCAGUAAUUGUUAAGAACAAAACAAAACAAACAAAAAAGAAAGUGUGUUGAUGUUUUUAGAGUGUAUUACACAAUUUCUACUUUGUUUUGUGUGGAAGCCCGUUUCAUACAGCUUUGACACUCCAUUGAAGGUUAAUCUCAAUAACAGGAAAUUUCCAGCAAAGUCAGAACUGCGAGAAAUAAUGACUUUUUUUCUCGCAAUUGCGAUCUUAAAUCUUGCAGUUCUGACUUUUUUCCUCGAAGUUGACUUUAUAUCUCGCAAUUCUCUUUUUUUCUCAAACUUGCAAGUUUAUAUCUAGCAAUUCUGACUUUUUUUUCCUCAAAAUGGCAAGUUUAUAUCUUGCAAUUCUGACUUUUUUCUCAAAGUUGCGAGUUUAUAUCUCGCAAUUCUGACUUUUUCUCAAAGUUUUGAGUUUAUAUCUCGCAAUUCUGAUCUUUUUUUCUCAAAAUUGUAAGUGUAUAUCUCGCAAUUCUUACUUUUUUCUCAGAAUUGCAAGUUUAUUACUCAAAAUUGUGACUUUAUUUCUCAGAAUUCUGACUUUAUUUUUCAGAAUUGUGAGUUUAUAACUUGCAAUUCCGACUUUAUAACUCUCAAUCUGACUUUAUAACAAGUUUAUAUUACGCAAUUCUAAGAAAAUUAAGUCAGAAUUGCGACUUUAUCUCUUGCAAUUCUUACUUUUUUUUUCUUGCAAAUGCGAGUUUAUAUCUCCCAAUUCUGAGAAAAGUCACAAUUGGGAAAUGUAGAUUCGCAAUUGUGAGAAAAAAGUCAGAAUUGCGAGAUAAAAAGUAAUAUAUAUAUAUAUAUAUAUAUAUAUAUAUACACUACCGUUCAAAAGUUUGGGGUCAGUAGAUUUUUAUUGUUUCUUUUUUUUUUCUUUUUUUUUUUUUUAAGAAAUUAAUACUUUUAUUCACCAAGGAUGUAUUAAGUUAAUAAUUAAAAGUUUAUUAAAAGUUAAUAAUAAAUAGUUUACAUUGUUAUAAAAUAUUUAUAUUUUGAAUAAACACUGUACUUUUUAAACUUGUUAUUCAUGAAAGAAUCCUGAAAAAAAAAAUCACAGGUUCCAAAAAAUAUUUGGCAGCACAACUGUUGAUAUUAUCCAACAUUGAUCAUUCUAAUAAUAAAUCCGCAUAUUAGAAUGAUUUCUGAAGGAUCAUGUGACACUUAAGACUGGAGUAACAGCUGAUAAAAAUUCAGCUUUUCAUCACAGGAAUAAAUUCUAUUUUAAAGUAUGUUAAAAUAAAAAACAUUAUUUUAUAUUGUAAAAACAUUUUGCAAUAUUACUGUUUUUUUUUUCUAUAUUUUUAAUCAAAUAAAUGCAGCCUUGAUGAGCAUAAGAGACUUCUUUAAAGACUAUUACAAGUCUUACUGACCCCAAACUUUUGAACGGUAGUGUAUAUAUUUAUGCAGUAGUGGAAAUGGACUUCCAUAUAUAUUUGAUGAACAAUACAGUAAAAAAAAAAAAAACAUGAAAUAUUGUUACAAAUAUAUUACAUAUAUUACAGACAGUUUUUAAUACAUUGACUCUUUAGUAUGAACAUUCAGAAAUAAUAAUGUUUCUUGAACACCAAAUUGUUAUCAUUUACAAUAAUGAAAACAGUUGUGCUGCUUGAUAUUUGUGUAAAAACUGCAAUUUGUGGAUACAUUUUUUAGGGUUCUUUGAUGAAAAGAUUCAAAACAUGAUUCAUUUACUGCUACUUUUGACCAAAAUUAAUGCAUUCUUGCAGAAUACGCAUUAGCAUCUUUAUUUAAAAAAAAGAAUAUACAUAGUAGUGUAUAUCAAUACCCAAGUGUUUUCAUAGUUACAGUAUUUUAGUUGUAUCUUUAUAUUAAUCACAAAGUUUACUGGGCACUGUAAUGGAAUGAAAUAUAAUAGCCAAAAAAGAUCUUUUAUUUCCUUUAUCAAUUAAUCAAAUGUUUGUAAGUGUUUAUUUGCAUUUGAGCACUCUGUCCACACUUAAUAAUGCUAAUAAAUCAA